UAGAGCGCGCUGAUCAACUGCAGGAACUAACCGAGAACAGACAUGAAAAGUGCUCAAGUGUACACUAGAAGAACAUUAACUGGACGUUUACUAAUGACGUUUUAAAUGGCGUUUACUUUAACGUUAGUUGUUUUGAUAAUUUACUAUGAACUGCUCUCGGGAUCCAACAGCGUCGAACUACUAAGCAGGAAAUAUCUGACGGACGGAGAACGAUUGAAGACUUUUCAGCAAGGAAAUGAAAACAGUCAGAGACGGAUUAAUUUUCAGAGUUCACUCAAGAGACAAUCUAUUCUGAAUUCAGCACUGAAGAAAUCAAACCACUCUGCUCGUUAUGGCAUCAACCAGUUCUCAGACUUAUCUCCACAACAAUUCAGAGAGCGAUAUCUCACAGCCUGGACUGAGACAGCUCCAAAGUUCGACCCCUCCAGGUCUGGAAUUCGAGUUAAGAUGAAUUAUCCACCCAAGUUUGAUUGGAGGGACCAUGGAGUUGUCGGGCCAGUCCGAAACCAGGAGUCGUGUGGAGGAUGCUGGGCCUUUAGUGCGGUGGAGGCCAUUGAAACGGUAUCUGCUAAAGAUAGUGGAAACCUGCAGCAGCUCAGUGUGCAGCAGGUUAUAGACUGCUCUUAUAAAAACAAGGGCUGCGAUGGCGGAUCUCCUGUCGGAGCUCUGGAUUGGCUCGCACAGACCAAACUAAAGUUAGUAAAUGAGGCGGAUUAUCCGUUCGAAGACAAGGCUGGGAUCUGCCAGUACUUUCCUCAGUCUCACGCCGGAGUGGCUGUGAAGAAUUACUCAGCGUAUGACUUCAGUGGACAUGAAGAGGUGAUGAUGAUGAGUGUGCUGGUGGAGUCGGGACCUCUUGUUGUCAUUGUGGAUGCCAUCAGCUGGCAGGAUUAUCUGGGUGGCAUCAUACAGCACCACUGCUCCAGCCGCAAUGCCAACCAUGCUGUACUGAUCACUGGUUAUGAUACCACAGGGGAAGUGCCAUAUUGGAUAGUACGCAAUUCAUGGGGGACCUCAUGGGGUGACAAUGGAUAUGCUUACAUAAAAAUAGGGAAUGACAUGUGUGGCAUUGCGGACAAUGUUGCUGCUGUUUUUGUGUAAUUGUCGAUAAUCUUCGUACUUCCGUGAAAAGGCUGUGGCAGAUCCACAUUUAAAAAUAUCACCCUAAGGAUGGAAAUCCUCCAGUAUAAAUAGCUGAUGAGAAUUGUAAAAAUUCUCACGGGGAUGUGGAUAACAAAUCCUGUUGCCUCUCGGUUGCAAAGCACGUAUGCUAAUACACCACAUUCCUAAUCCCAGCCACUGUAGCCCAAAAUAAUCAGAGUCCAAGCCGGAUUUCAUUUUAGUUAUGCAACGCACACCAGCUAGAUUCAUCAAUAAGAUUGUUUUAAUGUUCAGAAAACACUGUUCGUUUAUAUCAGUGCACAACUGAAGACUUAAUGUAUUGUGACAUUGCACUGAUAUAGGACACACAAGGGAUCUCGUCUGCAAAAAGGUGAAAAUAUUAUUAUAUGUCAGUACUAAUAAUGACAGCCUUAAAGAGUUUUGAAAGAAAAAGUGCUUAUUACUAAAGCAUGUGCAAGAUAUUUUGUAUGAUCUGCUUUUAGAAACACUUGUAACUACAAAGCUUACUUUUCAUUAUUUUUUACAUUUUAGGAAUAAUCAGAAAUGUUUACUUACUGUAUAGUAUAUAAACUCUAUUCUUUCCAAGUUUACAUUUUGACCAACAACGUUUGCCCCCCCCCCC